CUCCGUCGCGUUCCCGACAUAGAGAGAUGCCACUGCGGCGCUCGCACCCAAAAUCACAUCAUGGGUGCCUCGAAUGCAAGCAGCGGAGAGUCAAAUGUGAUGAGUCGCGCCCUAACUGUAACCUUUGUUGCAAGAGAAACAUUCGAUGCUCAUUCUCCGGCGAUGAUGUAUUUCAACAGGAUCUUCCCCCGGCGCCUCAGGAGCCUUCAACUUCAAUCCGCGCUAUUUCCGGUGUGAAUUACAGCCCACAGCUGCCGAUGCUCGAACUUGAGCUUCUCAAUCACUGGCAUGUAGCCAUUGUAGAUACUCUUGUCCACCAGGUUUCGACCCGGGAGAUGCUGCGGACGUUUGUACCGCAGGAAGCACUUUCCCACCCCUUCUUAAUGCACAUUCUCUUAGCAAUGUCGGCUCUUCAUCUCUCCCACUAUGGCCCGCGCGAGCGCCGACAGCUGUAUACCGAAGCAGCAAUGACACACAACAAUACGGCACUGGCUUUAUACUCGCCUCUCCUCAACCGAGUCAAUCCGGAAAACUGCCACGCUCUCUUUGCGUUCUCCUGCUUCGUCCCCAUGUUUGCCUUUGCUGCUCACGGGCCAAAUGUCGAGUCUAAAUCCCACUCUGUCUCGGAAGUCAUUGAGGUUUUCAAGCUUAUUCGUGGUGCGGCGUUCGUCGUUACGCAAGCUCGGCCAUGGAUCGCAAGCGGUGGCAUGAGCCGUCUAUUGACUGUAGAGAGAAUGCGGGAAAGAAGGUCUGUGAGACAUCAUGCGACAGCCAUCUACCACCUCCUGCAUAGACUGCACGAAGAACAGCAGCAGCAGCAGCAGCGGCAACGGGGCUUGGACUCAUCAUCAUAUCGUUCAGCGAAUUCCGUGGUUGUCCAUGCCACUGAGAGUCUUCUCAACGUGCUUCAGAUGUGCGCUGACAACGAGAAUGGAUCCGUUCUCUUACGUUGGACCGCCAUCGUGCAAUCGACGUUUUUGGAUAGUUUGACACAGGACGAGCCAAUGGGCCUAGUCUUGCUCGGCUAUUUUGGUGCCGCCAUCGACUUCAUCAUCGAUAAUUGGUGGAUGGAUGGCUGGGGUCGGUAUCUGAUCAAUCUUGUUUCCGAUCGCUUGCGAGCAGGUGCUGAUUCACAAGAGGUUGUCUGGGCCCGGUACGCAAUGCAUCAGCUCGAGAGUAGCAAUAUCGACAAGACAAACGGGACCCUCGAAGCCGACGAAAUCCGAUCUCAUUCCGGCCAACCUCUCUUUACGGAGCACUAAAGAGUCCAGGUCUGAUGCGUGCCUCCCCAGAUACCGGGAAAUGGCAGUUCACUGGUCUUCUUCCGAGCCUUGGCAGAGUGGCCGAAUUUUUCUGAGUUUUGUGAUCGGUUCGUCUUAUAGGGCUUCAGAUUUUGAAGUAUUCUGCCCUGGAACCCUUGAGAUGUGGCCAAGCAUAUCUCUCACCCUCGGUAACAAUGCUCUCGGCUCAUUGGCAUACCACAUCAUCGAUUUGCCCAACCGAGCCAGCUCAACCCAGCUCAGCCUAAUAGAUACAUAAACUCUGGGUGGUUGAAUGGUUUUCUGAUAACAUGGACGUUGCACCUUGACCACCAUUGGCAAGUGUCAGUUCACACCGAGGAGAACGAGUCGAAUUGCUCCACUUAACUCAUUUUAUCUGAUUGUCCUGCCUACCAUUGUCCUAGUCAGAGUACGAAUAGAAUAAAGUG